AUCAAAAAUCAAAGACAGUAAAGUUCUUCCAUCUCUGCAUAUAAUUAACAGCAGAGAAUCUGAAAUUCCUCUGUUCAAAAUGAUUUUCUGGGUUGAACACCAUUCAUCUAAGUACCCUAUAGAUCUUCCAAACCCAAGCAUUAAAGACAUCAAAGUAGAUAUUGCAAAAUUGCUCGACAUCGAUGUGGCCAGCCAAAAGCUAACCUAUAAUGGAAUCCACCUCGAAAAUGAUAAACUCAGAGCUGAAGAUUAUGGAAUUAAAGAUAAUGAUCACAUAUUUCUCACUGCUAGGACGGAUUACUUUUUUGAAGCAAACGGAGGGCAUCACUAUAUGAGGGUUUGGGAGGACCAAACUGUUUCAGAACUCAAGAAGGACGUAUGGGUACUGACUGGUAUUCCAGCGGAGAGGAUGGAGCUAUCUUACAUUGGAUAUAAGCUGCAAGAUGAUCAAACGGUUGGCAGUUACCAAAUUCCUGAAGAUGCUAUUAUUGAUGUUCUUGAGUGGUAUGACAUGAAGGUUAUGGGUUAUAACGGGAUUUAUAUGCUGAAAGUUCAUAAGAGAAUGACAAUUGGUCAAGUGAAGCACAAACUUCAUGUUGAAUAUGGUCUUGACCAUACAAAAAUGAGAAUCGAACGUGCCUAUGGGAAAGGUUUGUUUAGAGAUAAUGAAUAUUUAUCAUCUCAUCCUCAUCAGGUUAUAGUGGCCCUUGAUGGUGGAGCUUAAUUAGCAGAAAUUAUAAUAGAGCUUAAUAUAUAAUUAUAUGUUACUUAUUGUUAUUGAUUUGUCUCUUAAAACAAUGAAAAGAAUUAAAUGGCAUCAAGAAUCGAUAAUUUGUUUU